AUGAAACGUUUCUUUGUUUUUUCUUUUGUUCUUCUUGAUGAGUUGGUAUCCAUUACGUUUAAUGUUUUUGAAAAUUUUGUUCGUGUAGAUAAACGAAACAUUGCUUUGAUCAAGAUUGCAUCAGUUAGAGAUGUUGUUCUGGGCGCUCCACUAAGAUUGAUCUUAAAGCAACUUGCCUUGAGGACACUCCCUCCGGAUGAAGGGCAACUCAUAGCUCUUGUCCAUCGACCCAUGGAAUCUUUUUUCCUCAUUCCUCAGCCUGACAAAGUAACUGUUCUCUAUCCUAUGAGGUUCAAAGAUUCCAUCGAUACUGCUUUAGCAAUAUCCUUCUUUCAGGAAUUUGUGGAGGCACGACGCACACCAGGACUGAAUAGUGCUCCUCUGUGUACAUGGUCUCCAACUCCCCCUUUGGAGUUGAAAGAAGCUCCUGCCGAAGCACUAGAGGCAAAUGCGGGAUUUGUCACUUUUGUAAUUUUUCCUCGCCAUGUUGAAGGCCGUAAACUGGACAGAACUGCAUGGAGUCUCUCGACAUUUCAUGCGUAUGUCAGUUAUCAUGUAAAAUGCUCUGAAGGUUUCAUGCAUACUAGAAUGAGGCGCCGUGUGGAGUCUCUCAUUGAGGCCCUGGACCGUGCAAAACCAGACAUGGAGACAAAGAAAGUGCUCCGAGGAAAUUCCUUCAAGCGAUUGAGUAUCAAGGAUGCGCGUGGUAAUUCUAAAUCAUGAUUGUGGUAAAUUUCUGGAAAAUCUGAACCUUGAGCUGUUCAUCUCACGGAGUUGUUGAAACGGUGCAGUAUCUUGUAGCAAAGUUAAUAUUGUUACAUUUGUUUACUUCAAAUAGGUACUCUGUUGGUUCAGUUCUUAAUUUUCUGUAACACAAACUAUUUCAUUUUAGUUUUCAGAGAAAUUUUAUACCAGUUAAUAUUGUUACAUUUGUUUACUUCAAAUAGGUACUCUGUGGGCUCAGUUCUUAAUUUUCUGUAAUACAAACUAUUUCAUUUUA